UAUUUUAUUGAAAAGAGCUCUGUUAUCUGAAGCCCACGUGAUUACACGUAUUUUGGAAAAUCAUUAGGAAACGAUAAUUAAAGCUCAAAACAGUUAAAGCUAAUGUUGUUGUUUGCAGGUGACGACGCGUGAAUCAAUACUUGACAGGUGGAACUUCCUGAUAUUUACUUCCGAUCUUCGGAAUGCGUUUUGUUUUGGCUUAUCAGCAGCGAAAUAAUCAUGAUUUCGACUCCGAAGACGAAUAUGAUUCACAAAUGAAUUUUAACCGGGUAUAAAAUAUCUCUAUACAGUAUUGUUAAGUCGGUUACAUACAAUAAUGUUAGUUAGAAAGGCGUGUUUACGUUGGGUCUGAUACGAGCUAUUUAAAUGCUAAUCACUCGUAAACACAACAACAGUUUGCUAACUACACUCGUCAUCUUUACUCACCAAAAUGAAGACCAAGACCCCUGUUUUACUUUUAUGCUUUUUGCUCGCGAUAGGUGAGUAUUUAAAAAGCUUUAGACAUUCAGUUUCACUUUGUCGCUCUUUAAAAGCUUUGCUUGAGUCUGAGUGUGCAUUUGAAAUCAAACUAGCCUAUAUGUAAAUUAAUUUUGUUGUUGAGUGGUGUAAUAUUUACAUAACAACCACAAUCACACACAUCUGCUCAUUCUGUGGUAGUGUACUACUGUUUCCCCACAAACAACUAACCUGCUAACCUUUAUUAAGUAUAAUUAGCUGAUUAGCAUUUGGAUUUGCUCAAUGUUGUCAGUAUGUGCAACUGUUUCUGUAUUUCUCCAGGUGUGUUUGGUGCUGAUGUAAAGUCAGUGAUGGAGGGAGAUUCUGUCACACUACACACUGAUCUUACUGAUUUACGGGGAUAUGAACUUAUACUGUGGAUAUUUGGACCUGACAGCACCCGUAUAGCUCAGAUCAACAAUGUAGCCAAUAAGAUCUCCAUAUACAAUGAUGCUCUUGAUGGGAAAUUCAGAGACAGAUUGCAGCUGGAUGAUCGGACUGGAUCUUUGACUAUCACUAACAGCAAAGCCGAAGAUUCUGGUCUUUACGAACUGCAGAUCAUUGGUGGAAAAGACAUCCCACCCAAGAAAUUCAGUAUUAUUGUUUCUGCUCCUCUGCCUGUUCCUGUCAUCAGCAGUAACUCUUCACAAUGUUCUUCAUCAUUUUGUUCAUUGGUGUGUUCAGUGGUGAAUGUGGGUCAUGUGACUCUCUCCUGGUACAAAGGAAACAGUUUAUUGUCCAGCAUCAGUGUGUCUGAUCUCAGCAUCAGUCUCUCUCUACCUCUGGAGGUGGAAUAUCAGGAUAAAAACAGCUACAGCUGUGUGCUCAACAAUCCCAUCAGCAACCAGACUCAACAUCUGGACAUCACUCAACUCUGUCUCACAUGUGCAGUGGAUGCAUCAAGUUUAACCAAAGGAGACGGCUUAUCGUUAGGUCAUAUGGUGCUGAUCUGCAAUAUUGUAGUUAGUGUACUAGUCUUGGCUGUGGUUGGGAUGUUCAUUAUCUACUGGAAAUAUAGAAAAAAGGAUCAACCGGAUUCUCCAGAUGAUGAUUUGGCUGAGACCGAUGAACUGAAGACAAUCUCCGCGAGGUUGGGAGAGUCAGUCAUUCUAAACACUGGUGUUACUGCAAUACAAAGUUUUGACGUGCUGCAGUGGAGGUUUGGAGAAUUAAACACAGCAAGCACAAACCCAUUCACUGUCAUCGCCAAACUGAAUGAACCAAACAAUUUUGAUUUUACUGCUCGUGUUGAGAAACUCAGAGACAGCUACAGACGCAGAGUACACCUGGAUAAAAAAAAUGGAUAUCUUACAAUUAAUGAAAUCCGAUCCACAGAUUUUGGAAUUUAUAAACUGAAUAUCUCCAGGAAGGGGAGAAAUGUGAUUUCCAAGUCAUUUAUCGUCCGAGACUCCUCAGAAGACGAAAAGAAUGUUCAAGAAGAGACAAAAACAUUAAUGAAUGGAGAGACUACUGCAGACACUUGUCUAUAGCUUCUGUUACAUUAUCCUUACUAUAUAAAACAUCUCUAAUUUUAUGAGCCUUUAAAACUAGAAAAUGUGUUUAAAAUAAUGCUGCAUACUGUUAACUGAUGAAAAGUAACAUAACAAAGGGUUGCUUUUGACUUUACACUAACUAUUUUGUCAUUGUUGUUUUUGUCGUUUACAGUUGAUGAAAUGUAUUAUGCAGAUAUUCAUGUUACAUUAGUAUCAAUUGUACAGAUUUGAUUAUUGUAAAUGAACAAAAUAUUUUUUUAUGGUGUCUGCCCUCUAGUGUACAAUUUAUAUAAUGGCGUGUUUUUUUUUAAAGCUCUAACUAAUAAUGUGAAUGAGAGGCUGCAACUUUGUUCUGAAUGUAAUGUAAUUAUCAUUAAGAACAAAGUAUGAGUUUAUUUUAUUACUAUUUAAUAAAAAAAAAUUAAAGUAA